GUCGCCGGACGAGGUCAGAGGGUGGCGCCGCUCGCUUGCAGAAGGCGGGAGCCUUUUUCGCCAUGGCUGCCGGGCCCAUCUCCGAACGGAACCAGGAUGCAACGGUGUACGUGGGGGGUCUGGACGAGAAGGUUAGUGAACCACUACUGUGGGAGCUCUUCCUUCAGGCGGGGCCCGUCGUCAACACCCACAUGCCGAAGGAUAGAGUCACUGGUCAGCACCAAGGCUAUGGCUUUGUUGAAUUCUUAAGUGAGGAAGAUGCUGACUAUGCCAUCAAGAUUAUGAACAUGAUCAAACUCUACGGGAAGCCAAUACGAGUGAACAAGGCCUCGGCUCACAACAAAAACCUGGAUGUGGGGGCCAACAUCUUCAUUGGAAACCUGGACCCAGAGAUCGACGAGAAGCUGCUUUAUGAUACUUUCAGCGCCUUCGGGGUCAUCUUACAAACCCCCAAGAUUAUGCGGGACCCUGACACAGGCAACUCCAAAGGCUAUGCCUUUAUUAAUUUUGCUUCCUUCGAUGCUUCGGAUGCAGCAAUUGAGGCCAUGAACGGGCAGUACCUCUGUAACCGCCCUAUCACUGUGUCCUAUGCCUUCAAGAAGGACUCUAAGGGUGAGCGCCAUGGCUCGGCUGCUGAGCGGCUGCUGGCGGCCCAGAACCCGCUCUCCCAGGCUGACCGCCCCCACCAGCUGUUUGCAGAUGCACCCCCUCCACCCUCUGCCCCCAAUCCUGUGGUAUCAUCAUUGGGAUCUGGGCUUCCUCCUCCAGGCAUGCCUCCUCCCGGCUCCUUUCCACCUCCGGUGCCCCCUCCUGGAGCCCUCCCACCUGGAAUACCCCCAGCCAUGCCUCCACCACCUAUGCCUCCUGGGGCUGGAGGACAUGGCCCCCCAGCAGCAGGUACCCCAGGGGCUGGACACCCUGGUCACGGACAUUCACACCCUCAUCCAUUCCCACCAGGUGGGAUGCCCCAUCCAGGGAUGUCUCAGAUGCAGCUGGCCCACCAUGGCCCCCAUGGCUUAGGACAUCCUCAUGCUGGGCCUCCAGGCUCUGGGGGACAGCCACCUCCCCGGCCACCUCCUGGAAUGCCUCAUCCUGGACCACCUCCAAUGGGCAUGCCUCCCCGAGGGCCACCGUUUGGAUCCCCCAUGGGUCACCCGGGCCCCAUGCCUCCACAUGGUAUGCGUGGACCCCCUCCUUUGAUGCCUCCUCAUGGAUACACUGGCCCUCCAAGACCUCCUCCCUAUGGCUAUCAGCGGGGACCCCUCCCUCCACCCAGACCCACUCCCCGGCCUCCAGUUCCCCCUCGUGGCCCACUUCGGGGCCCUCUCCCUCAGUAAAUUGUUGUCUUCCUUCCCUGUCUUCUAUCCUCCCAGUAGCUUUUCCAUUUCUUGGACCAAUCAGAAUUGCUCUAAAGUUCAUGGGGGUAACACCCCCACCCAUUGCAAUGUAAUUUUUCCACAAGAUUUUUUUUAAUGUUGGUCCUAAGUGUUUUGCAGAUAUAUAGAGAAAAUAAAAAUAUACUCCUUGUUUA